AUUUAUAUCAAAAUCCAAACCCUAGCUACCGGUAAUCCCUUCUUUCAUUUGAUUGGUCUUGAUCUUUAAUUAGAUCAAACCCAUCUUGUUUUUUGCUAGGGUUUUUGGCUGGAAACCUCGCAACAGUCUUGUUCGUACAUCAUCUUCUUUUUCAUUAAAUUGUUCCAUAUUCUCGAUUGAUAUUUAACAUGAAUCUUGGAAACGUAAUCGAAGAUUGGACGGGUUUCGUUUCGAUUUUCUUGAGGAAAGUGCCGAGUUCUUGGCUCUCUCUUCUUCUUCUCCUAACUUCAUCUGCUGCGCUGUUCUUGUCCUCCUCCUUCUUCUCCUUCACCGUCCUGAUCCCGAAGCAAGAAAACGUUCCGACAUCUUCAACACAACGAGACAAGAACGGUCAAGAACAAGAACAAGAACGAGGGCUGGAUCAGCAAGAACGAGAGAUGUCGUUUCUUGACGAGUCAGAAUCCUCGACCAACACCGACGACUCGGAGUACGUGGAGACGACGACCGAUGACGGGUCCAUCUCGGACGAGGAAAGCCUCAUAGAGCUCUCCUUACCGAGCGGCCACUACAUGGGACAGUACUAUGGUGAUCAUGACAAAGGAGAAGAAGACGAUGACAUCAAAGGGUACAGAAACAAGAACCAAAUGUAUAAUCUCCGGAAGAAGAACAUCCAAGAUUUGAGGCUGUUUGAGCUUUUGGCAGAGUUCAACGGCAUGGUCGAAGAGGACAACCUUAUCGAAAUCGACAUCUCCAUUGGUUCCAUCAAGUGUUCCAGGUUUGAGAUCACAGCUUGAUAUGAUUUUGAUGAACACAUAUAUAUAAAUUAGCAUUAAUUUUUAUAUCCUAUGGUUUGAAAAUUUCGAUUUUUUUUUCCUUAUGGGGGAUUUGUAUAAGGAAUAAAACUCUAUUCGAUGUAAUUAAUUAAACCGUUUUUGCACUCUACGAGUGCUAUAUAUGUUUUGCUCUUAUUUUUUUUGUUUCUGCC